UAUAAAUUUGGGCAUUGUAAACUUUGGGUGUAUGUUAAGCUCACACUUAGAGCUUGCAGCACAUAUAUUAUCCCUAGAGGCUAGAAGAUCAUAUGGAGAUGAAGGAUUGCAAUGUCCUCUUGGUGAUGUAUCCGGCGCAAGGCCAAAUUAAUCCUUGUUUACAAUUCGCAAAGCGCCUUGUCGAAUUGGGGGUGAAGCUCACCUUCCUCACAAGUCUCUCCGUCGUCAAUCGCAUGCCGGAACCGCCGUCCAUCCACGGCGUAGACUUUGCCACCUUCUCCGACGGGUGGGACGCCGGCUUUAAGGGCUCCGACGAGGAGUAUCUCCAGUUCAACGCUUCCUUAAGGGCUAAAGGGUCCAAAGCAAUUGAAGAUCUCCUCACGGCUAAACUGCAACAAGGCUCCCCAAUCUCUCGAGUUAUCUACACCACUUUUAUGCCGUGGGUGGGCAUUCUCGCCGGCAAACUUCGAGUGCCCAGCACGGUUCUUUGGAUUCAACCCGCCGCCAUUUUCGACAUUUUCUACCACUUUUUCACGGGUGGGUACGAGGAGAGUUUCAGAGGUUUAACUGGGAAUGAUAAUGGAGUUGUUGAGCUUCCGGGGUUGUCGACGACGCUAAGUGCAAGGGAGAUCCCUUCCUUUUUGCUCCCUGCAGGUUCUAGCGCCACCGAUUCUUUUAUAGCUCAAGCCAUGAAAGACCAUAUUGAGCUUCUUAGCAAAGAAGAGAGGCCCAAGGUUCUUGUGAACACUUUUGAUGCGUUGGAGUUUGAUGCUUUGAGGGUUAUAGAGAAGGUUGGAUUGGUAGGAAUUGGCCCCUUUGUUCCUUCUGCCUACUUGGAUGGGGAAGAUCCUUGUGACACUUCUUUUGGAGGUGACAUGAGAAAAAAGUGUAAUGGUUAUGUGGAGUGGUUGGAUUCCAAGCCUAAAGGUAGUGUGAUUUACGUAGCGUUUGGUAGUUACUCCGAGCUUCCAGACGAAACGAUGGAGGGAAUUGCACGAGGGCUAGUUGAGACGAGAAGGCCGUUUUUGUGGGUGAUUAGGGAGGGAGGGAAUGGCGAAAAGCCGGAGGAGAAGCUGAGUUGCAAGGCGGAUCUGGAAAAGCAAGGGAAGAUAGUGCGUUGGGGCAACCAAGUCGAGGUUCUGCAACACUCUAGCGUGGGGUGUUUUGUGAGUCAUUGCGGAUGGAAUUCAACUUUGGAGGCUCUGACUUCUGGGGUCCCUAUUGUGGGGUGCCCACUUUGGACCGAUCAAUGGUGUAAUUCUAAGUUCAUUCAAGACGUCUGGAAGACCGGGAUCAGAGUGAAGGUCAAUGAGAAAGGAAUUGUUGAAGCUAAUGAAGUGAAGACGGCCAUAGAAUGCAUAAUGGGUGAAAAGGAGACAGCACAAGGGUUGAGAAAUAAUGCUGCAAAAUUCAAGGCUUUGGCUAAGGAAGCAAUGAGGGAAGAUGGCUCAUCUUAUGUCAACCUCAAGGCAUAUGUGGAUGAAGUGCUACUUGGUCAUGGGCAAGAAUAAUAUCCUACGGAGUAUCUUUUUUAAACAUUACAAAAAUGUCACUACAAAUGUUUUAGUAUCUCUUUUCAAAUAAGAGGUGACAAUAUAUAGGAUUAUUUAAACCUAUAAUUUUUCGUUUGGAAUGAUAAUAGUGAUGUAAUCAAA